AUGGAAAUCAUGCCGGGGGAGCAGGAGCCGGUGCAUCGACAGAUCCGCUUCGCCGAUGGGAGCGGCAGUAGCAAUGAAGGCGAUAAAGACGUUGAGGAGAGCGGGAGCCCUAUGUUGGACGGACUUCCGCUUCAGGAGCUUCCUAAAGACCAGCAGCAAGUGGGGCCCCAGCUCAAACUGCUCCCCAUGAAUGAUCAGAUCCGGGAACUGCAGACUAUCAUUAGGGACAGAUCAACAAGUCGUGGGGACUUUGUUUUUUCUGCAGACCGUCUGAUCCGGCUGGUGGUGGAAGAGGGACUCAAUCAGUUGCCUUACACAGAAUGCACAGUCACUACACCUACAGGUUACAAGUAUGACGGAGUGAAAUUUGAGAAAGGAAACUGUGGUGUGAGCAUUAUGCGGAGCGGCGAGGCCAUGGAGCAGGGAUUGCGGGACUGCUGCCGCUCCAUUCGUAUAGGAAAAAUCCUUAUCCAGAGUGACGAGGAAACGCAAAAGGCUAAAGUUUAUUAUGCAAAAUUUCCUCCAGAUAUUUACAGACGGAAGGUUCUCUUGAUGUACCCUAUACUCAGCACUGGUAAUACUGUUAUCGAAGCUGUGAAGGUAUUAAUUGAACAUGGAGUCCAGCCUGUUUGCAUCAUUCUGCUCAGCCUUUUUUCUACUCCACAUGGUGCCAUCUCUAUCAUCCACGAAUUCCCUGACAUCACCAUUCUAACUACAGAGGUCCAUCCUGUGGCUCCAACGCACUUUGGCCAGAAGUACUUUGGCACAGACUAAACACAGGGCCCUGCAGCUCAACUGUAUUCUUUGCCCUUUGGGGAAGUUACAAUAUGCAACCUUUUUGCGAACCUUCCUUUUUCCAGAUUUCGACUUCCAUUUUCUGUCUGGCCACAAGGCGAACACUAUGAAGGAUGUUUGGACUUUGAUGACCACUGAAAUCCAUAAGAACUUUAAAUUGACAACAUAAAAUGAGAGGUUACUAUAUGUGUUGUUGCUGGCGAUUUAACUUGUGUUACAGUUAACUAUAUAUUGUUUAUAACUCUGAGUUAAGUGCCAUCCAUUUUCCUUUAAAUCUAGAGUAGGGUUGUUAGAGCAGGACUGAUGUGCUUCCUUCUCUGCAUGUGAGAUAUGUGUGGGGUGCAUGCCUAGUUCCAAAGUACACAUAUUACUCCCAGGGUUUAUACAAGUCACAUAUGUGAUCUUACCCUUUCUAUAUCAAGUCCAGUGAGUGCAGGCCUUAUGAUACGUCAGUGAUGAUUAACAGGCUUUACCUUGUGCUCCGUUUCAGCCCUCAUUCUGCUGCCUGCACAGAACUUUGAAGGGCUCAGAAAUGUUUGUAUUGAUGCACACAAUGUUAAAUAGUUUACUUUUGCCAGCUUUUAAUAAAGCUCAGUUGUUUUCAGUACACAAGGCCCCAAAAUCUGGUCUGUUAACCAUUUCUGAUAUAUGCCAUUAGAAUAUGCAGAGAAGGAAUGGUCAGUGCACAAAGUAAGCCUUUCAAUGACAUGGUACUCUCUGCACAAGAGAAGAGUAUAUAUGGAAAAUGCAAACUAAGCACAGGUUAAAGGAAUAGUAACACCAAAAUAAACUGUGUUAAAAAGUGUUUUAAAGAAAAGACAAUAUAACACACUGUUUCUCUGCACUGGGGUAACUUGUGUUUUUGCUUCAGAAUCUCUACUAUAGUUUAUAUAAACAAGAUGCUGUGUAGCCAUUGGGGCAGCCAUUCAAGAACAGGAUACAAAGUAGAUAAUGGAUACGUUCUAAAGAAUCGUAUUCUAUACUACAGAGCGUAUCUGUUAUCUGCUGUGUAUCCUGUGCCUUUUCUCCUUUUUAAGCCUUGAAUGGCUGCGCCCAUGGCUACACAGCAGCUUGUUUAUAUAAAUUAUAGUAGAUUUUCUGAAGCAAACAGCAGUUUUACCAGUGCAGCACAACAGUCCAUUAUAUUUUCAUUACUUUUAGGGCCUCAGAAGCAACUUCCGGCGACUAUAGAAAACAAAUUGCCGCAUGUGCAUUAGCGCAGGCGACUUUGCAUUGUAACCUAUGGGGAAAAACGCAGAGGCAGUUCGGGGAGAUAGUCGUUCAAAAGACGAGGCGAUUAGUCGCCAGGCGACAAAAUCUCCUUGUGUGGCCUUACCGUAAAAGGCUUUCAUUUUUUGUUGUUACUAUUCCUUUAAGUUGCCUGUAUCAGCCAGCUAGUCUACUGUUAUAUUGUAAUUAGUUUCAUACAGUUUGAUUGUGAUUGCUGACUGGUAUUGGCAGCCACACUUGUGCAUUUCCCAGUCUUUGUUCUGCCCCAGAAUGUGUAUUCCCUUUAAUUAAUUUGUUUUACUUGAAAAAAACUUACAGCCUUGAACAUUGUCAUUUCAGUGUGACCAAACCAGCCUUACAGGAGUUGCUUAUCUCUGGGAUAUCUUUCUUAUAUUCUUGUCAAAGUAGAUGGGAUGCCGUUGCUUUGGUUACUUGCUCAUCCCAAGGAUUCUAGUACUGUGUUCCAUUAGUAUCGCUUACACCUUUUUAAAGAGCCAGUAAAUUCAUUUCUGUCCAUUAUUUGCAAACAUAUUCUUUAUUUGAACAGCAGAAGCAUUCCUAAUUUUUGCAGGGAAGAAUACAUAUGUCAUCCUUGUUAUCUAAUAAGAUAACUCUGCUGCUGUACUGUUUCCUAUAUACGAUAGUCCUGUGCAGAUUGAAGUGACAAUGACAACUUUAUUUUCAGUUUUCUGCCCGCUGUUUAGUCUUCAUGGUGUUCUUUUCACUUAAUUCACCAAAAACUGCUCCAGGUAACUUUGAGGCCACCAUGAAGGUAUGUGCGCAUCAAAAUGAUUAGUGCUGUUGGCUUUUUUUUUUAUAUUUAAUAUUGGCUGUUUAAUAAAAAAUACAUUGAGUAGAUAAACUGUACCCUGGGCUGAUCCAGCCUGAUUGUAAAUAUAUCACCUGUGCUUCUAUGGCUUAUUUAUUGUAUUCCUUUCCAAUGAUAUUAGUGCUAAAUGUAGGCUGAAUGGAUUCUCUUUUUUAAUUGGUAACUGUCCUCUCAUAUGGCAGGCACAUUAAUUAAGAUGGGGCUACAUUUGCAGCUUAACCAGUUGUCCAAAACAGCUGCUGCCAGAAACACCACAUCCCUGCCUUAUUAAGUAACUAUGUGGUCUUGCUCUGAGCUUGCCAAUUCAUUUGCAUCCGUAUAAGCAAGGGCUCCAGCCUAUCAGCAUGCCACUGCAAUUCAGUAGAGCUUUAAUGGCCGCUGCAGGCCGUAUGCUUAAUAGAAGGUGUUUGGGACCCCUGACCAGAUGCAGUUACAGCCCUAUGCUAAUUUGUCCUUUACUUUAAAGAAGAACGUCCAUUUUGCCGCCAGAAUGGACUCCAGCAUCUGUUUAGUUCUCUGUUAAAAUUAUGCAUAUUUGGUGGUUUUUUUUUUUUCAUUUUUACAUUUUGAUUUAUUUAUUAGCAACAAUAUAAGAUCACAUCUUGUUGUAGAAUUGUACAUCUUUAUUUCUUAAAAUAAAAUUGCCAAAGAGGAUAACUAA